AUGAACCACAGAUAUCAAAACAAGCUUGAAAGGAAACAAGAGUUGAACAAGCUAAAUGGAGCUAGUAAGCACAGACGUCAUGUGGGGAACUUGAACUUCACCACAACAACUCCCAGCAUGGAGAGCUUCGACGAUGUGUCUCUGAUCGGGCCAGUCUUCGAAGAGACCUCUUUCCAUAAUGAUCUCACCUCCGAUCCACCAGAGACAUCCAAGUCAGAGAACGUAACGCCAUCCUCCCAACUGACAUCGCGACUGGAGCGCCCCGACGAUGUAGGAAUGAUUGACGAUGCCCCCGAGAUUUCCGAGUUUACUCCUUUAUACAACGCGCCACCGGGCACUCGAGUGGAGGAGGAAGGUGAGGGAGAGGAUGAGGAGCCAAGGGUCGCAACCUCCUUUGAGCGGCGCGAAUCCUCACCGACCUCUGCGCUCAAGCACCGAUCGGCCGCAGAUACCUCAGACUAUGAGGGUAUCAACCGCAUGCACAAAUUUACGCUGUAUGAAACUGCCACUCGGUUCUACAUGGUGGGGAUCAACCUGGCGGAGACGCGUUUUCGAAUUUUGAAGAUCGAUCGGACGACGGAGUCGGGGGAGCUCAACAUCACCGAAGAUGACAUGGUCUACACCAAGAGAGAGAUGGUUCAGUUGCUGGAUGCGAUUGAUGAUGGCAAUAAAAGCUCCGGUGGUUUGAAUCAGAAAUGUAGCGCGUGGGCAUUGCUUGGUUUCAUCCGGUUUACUGGGGCCUACUACAUACUGCUCGUCACCAAGAGAAGUCAAGUCGCCGUGCUUGGCGGUCAUAAUGUCUACCAAAUCGAUGAAACAGAACUGAUCCCUUUGACCACAUCGGAAUCCUCACAUCUCAAGGCUGAGAAGCAUUCAGAAGAGGCGCGGUACAUUGCCAUUUUGAACAACCUCGACUUGUCGCGGUCUUUUUACUUCAGCUACUCCUACGACAUCACUCGCACCCUUCAGCAUAAUAUCUGUCGCGAGCGUAAGACUUACCAGGAUGGAAUCCCUCAGUCUUUCUCGCAGGACUAUCAUUCCAUGUUUAUCUGGAACCACCAUCUCCUUGCGCCCGCUGCUGAAGCACUCAAAAAUCCCUAUGAGUGGUGUCUUCCCAUUAUCCAUGGAUAUGUGGAUCAGUCCAAGAUGAGCGUCUACGGUCGAUUGGUCUACAUCACCAUUAUCGCCCGUCGGUCUCGGUUCUUUGCCGGAGCACGUUUCCUGAAGCGAGGAGCCAACGACGUGGGAAAUGUUGCCAAUGAUGUGGAGACGGAACAAAUUGUCUGUGAGCAGACAACAACUUCGUUCCAUUCAGCUGGCCCAGCUCUUCAUGCGAACCCUCAUUAUACUUCGUUUGUUCAGCACCGCGGAAGUAUUCCUCUGCAUUGGUCCCAAGAAAACACAGGUGUCUCACCCAAACCGGACAUUGAACUCAACCUUGUGGAUCCUUUCUACUCAGCUGCAGCGUUACAUUUUGACAAUCUUUUUGAAAGAUACGGAGCUCCGGUCUAUGUUCUGAACUUGGUUAAAUCCCGAGAGCGUACGCCGAGAGAGUCGAAGCUUCUUAAAGAAUUCACUAAUGCUGUGACAUACUUGAAUCAGUUCCUUCCGGAGGACAAAAAGCUGAUAUACAAAGCUUGGGAUAUGAGCCGUGCUGCAAAAAGUCGAGAUCAAGAUGUUAUUGAGACAUUGGAAAGCAUAGCAGGCGACAUAAUUCCCAAAAUUAGCUUUUUCAAGAAUGGAAACGAUGUGGAAUCUGGCCUCCAGCUUCAAAAUGGAGUUGCAAGGACUAAUUGCAUUGACUGUCUCGACCGGACGAAUGCUGCGCAGUUUGUCAUUGGCAAGAGAGCUUUGGGUUAUCAGCUCCAUGCGCUCGGUGUCAUAAAUGAAACAACCGUGGAGUAUGAUACCGAUGCAGUCAAUCUCUUCACCAACAUGUGGCAUGACCAUGGAGACACUAUUGCCAUUCAGUAUGGUGGAUCACAUCUGGUGAACACCAUGGCAACCUACCGCAAGAUUAAUCAGUGGAGCAGUCAUUCUCGUGACAUGGUGGAAAGCUUCAAGCGGUAUUACAAUAACUCCUUCCUUGAUGCUCAACGUCAAGAGGCGUACAACCUCUUCCUUGGCAACUAUAUCUUUUCACAGGGCACCCCUAUGCUUUGGGAUCUCGCAACUGAUUACUACCUACACCAUACCAAUCCCAAAUCUCACUUGGAGAGAAAAAAGCCCAACUACAUUUCCUGGUUCACACCAGAAAAUCUGAAAGCCAAGGAAAUGCCACCGGUUCCAUCUCAUCCCAAGGAGCCACUCUCACACUUCGACGACUACUGGUUGGAAUACUACCGACCCCUCGCACUCACCUCACUCUCCAAAGUCUUCUCCUGGAAAGUGAACUCCACAUUACGCUACCUCCCCCCAGUCCGUCCCGGCCACGCAGUUCCCGACCUCAGUCCUUUCGUCCCCCGCAUUCCCCCAGAGCAAGUUCAGCGCGAACGCAUACCACAACGCAGCGUCAAGAUCCAGGAACCAACCGAGAGCCGCGCCCGUAUCGCUUCAAACACAAUGCCAAUCCCAGAAGAAACAACCUGGGCCCACCAGCCCCCCUCAUCCUCAAAACAGCCCCCUGCAACGGGUAUAAUUAAAGAACCAACCUUCGAAGUCCACCAGUCAUCCCGCAUUCCCCCAAUCCACCCACCAAAUACCCCCUCAACCCCAAGCAAAGCCCAAAUCGCGCAAUGGACCUUGGGUCAACUAGUCAGCGACUCUCUCAGUCCAUCCGUAACAGGCGCCGAAGCAGAAGAAUACGAGCGCUACAUCAACCACCCGCUCACAGUCCCGCUGGUCGUUACAUCCGAAGACGAAAUGACAGCCGCCUCGCUCCGAGACCACGGCUAUAAUCUCGAUCUCCUGGAGUACGUAAAUAAGUGCAAUGUGGAGGAAUUGGCGUUGCAGCAGAAUGCUGAGGACAAUCUGGCUGAUUAUGCGGGGUUCUUGAAUGUCUCUGAGGAGGGUCUUACUGUUGUUAGUGAGGACUAUGAGAAGAAGCGGUAUAAACGGUAUCGGCAGUGGUUACGUGGGAAGAGUCUCUUUAAGCAGCGGGUUGAUUCAUGA